AAUAAUUUUUUUCUCAUCAAUUUAUUUAAUAAAAAAUUUACGAAGAUGGAUUUUGUUCAACAAGUGCAAAAAAUAGUAACAGAUUUAGGACAACUUAUUGCUCAGACUGUUGAAGAAAAAUUGGAGGAAUUUUCCAAAUUUGAUGAAAAGGCUGCUUCAACAGUAUCAUCAACGUUUGAUGAGCUGAGAGAAAAGGCGAAUGAGUUAUCAAACGCGAAUGCAAAAUUUAAGUCACUUAUCGAGGAAAAGGAGGCUGAGAUUCUGAAGAUACAAUCAAAUAUGAAAAACAAUUUAGUCGAGUGCUACGAGAAAAAUUCCAAAUCUGUUAAAAAAUUAGAGAAAGAACGUAACGAUAUUCACGAGGAAGCUGCUAAAUUAAAAACAGAGGCUCAGAAAAUGAUAGGAGAUUGUCUGACAAAUGAAAAUAGAGAAAAAUGUUUUCAAAAAGGUUUUUCUCAAAUAGAAAAAAAGGCUCAAAAAUUAUUGAAAAACUUCCAGGAUUUAGUGAAAAAAGAAACUAAUGCGAGGGUCGAAUGUACGAAACGUAUACUUGAAUGUGAUAAGAAAGCUGUGGAUACUGCUGAAAAAAAAGUUUCGAAAAUAAUAGACGAGAUUACGAAAGCUUCAAGAUAAAAAUAUUCAGGUUGCCGAAGGUCAAAGAAAACUUGAAAAUAAAGAAGAAG